UGUGGAAUAUAGGGAACAAGAAAUUUCCUUGGAUGCUGACAAAGUUUUAUUCUACCAUUUUUCCUUUGCACCAUCUUUCAAUGAACUUGUCAAGCACCUUCCUUCAACUUUCAAAGCUGACCAUCCUGGCUGCUUCAAUGUUCCAAAUUUCUGAAUUAUAUAACAAACCCUUCACCACCCUUCAAAACAUAUUAACAUUUCUCAUCUUCGAAGGCUAAAUAACAACUUAACAAUUUGAACCCUCACACAAGGGAUCAAGCAAUUCUACCUCUUCAUCUUCUAUAUUUCAACAUGUGUGCAGCCAUGGUUCUUAAUCUUAGGCAAUUUGACUACCUUAUUGAAGAGCAGAAGACAUCAAAGAAUGAUAACAACUCAACUUUUCCCUUGUUUGGUUUUGUAGACCUUUCAUUGUACUGUACAUUUUUCAACAAAAUCCACAAGUUUUUCUUAGGUUUGUGGCUUUUCCUUCUGUGCCAACUUCAUUCUUGUAAGUUAAAUGUAAAGGGUCAGGAGCAGAUUUCAAAAUCUGAGUUUAGCCACAAAGAGAACGAGUCAAAUGGUAGCAUAGAUGAUGGAAAGCUUGAGAGGGAUGAAGUCAAAAUUUUGAUGGCAAAACUGGGAUUUUUUUGCAGCUCAGAAAGUGAGGAACUUGAGGAAAAUUAUGGUUCCAAGGAGCUUUCUGAACUGUUUGAGGAGCAGGAGCCAAGCCUGGAUGAGGUGAAGCAGGCUUUUGAUGUUUUUGAUGAGAACAAAGAUGGGUUUAUUGUUGCAUGGGAAUUGCAGAGAGUUCUCAGUAUUUUGGGAUUGAAGGAAGCAGCACAACUAGAGAACUGCCAGAAGAUGAUCAAGAACUUUGAUGAAAAUCAAGAUGGAAGAAUUGAUUUCAGUGAAUUUGUAAAAAUUAUGGAAAAUCACUUCUGCUGAUUUGUUUGUUCUCGUUUUUAGGGACUUAGUAUAAUAUGAGUUAGUUUGAUAUAUUCCUUGAGCUCUUGCUUCUUCAUAAUUGUAUUAUCUAUAUCAGAAUCCAACAUGUUGAAAAAUAAGAUCAAUGGAAAAUCGUAAUUGUC